AUGGCCAACACUGACGAGCUACCGCGGCUCGAAAGCGCGGAAGCGGCAGAAACUGCGGCCAGCUUUUUAGGCAUAGAAUCUAAUGAGCUAUUGGCCGUAGACGGCGGUGUUGUAGUGAAUAUAGCCGCCAAGGCGCGGGAGUUCCAGCAGCUGCAGGCAGAGAAUCUCAGAACAAGCGUGACAGUCGAUGAACUUAGGUCCUCAUCCGAGCGCAAACUGGGCGCGUGCAAAGACCAAGUCCAUCUGCUACUGCAAGAGCUUGAAUCACUGCGCGGCGAAAGCGCACAAUUCGAGAAAAUGAAACUGGAGCUGACUUCUGAGAAGCAGCGCGCCCUCAAUGACUCCGAGACGCUUCGUGUACGCAAAGAGGCGCUUGAGCAACAGAAGCAAGCUCUGGAGUCGAGCAAGAAUGACGUAGCGCGCCUGCUAAACGAAAAAAUCAGCGAGCUCUCUUCCUUCAAGCAAGAGGCCGACGACCUAAUGCAAGAGAACAGGCGUUUGCGACAGCAAACACUCGAUCUCGAAAGCGAAAGCCGCGUGUCAAAGUCCGAGGAUCUGCAGCGCAAGGCAGAGCUUCAUAGACUUUCACAGGAGCUAUCGCUUUGCAGAUCGAACAGCGAGUGGCUGGAGUCGCAGCUCGGUCAAAAAAAUGCGGAGUUUAAUGCAUACAGGCAUACAACUCAGUCACAGCUCGCAGCUUUGACUCAAAAGCUGGAGACUCUUGAGCAGGAGCUCCAGGCUUCAACACGAACCAAUAAAUCACUAAGAGAGCACAACGCGCGGAUCACAAAUGAUUUGGAAACUCAGCUUCGUAAUGUCAAGAAGUUGACUGAUAAUUUAAAUUCAGAAAAACAAGAGUUUACCCGCGAAAUGUCUUUGAAAGAGCGUUUGGUGGAUUUGCUAGAAGGACAGGUCCAAUCUCUUAAAUCUGAUCUGGAAUUGAGAAGUACUGCUGGAGAAGGCGACGACGGCUCUUUUUCUAACCCGCUAAACGCUCUUUCUGAAGAGCUUGCACAAAAAACACAGCAGCUUGAAGAAAGUGAGUUUAAAGUUCAAAAACUGGAGCAGACUGUGCAGGAUCUGGUAUCUACAGACAAAGAGAGUCGCCUGAAAUCUUCAGCACAUGAAUAUCCAGCCUCGGUAACAGAUCUCUAUGGGGACAUCAGCUUGUUGAAGAGACAGGUCAUACACGAAAAACGACAGAAAGAGCACUUACAGAACCAGGUUGAAGCCUUUGUUGUAGAACUGGAGAGCAAAGUUCCAAUGUUAAGCUCAUUCAAAGAUCGCAACGACAUGCUUGAAGAGCAACUAGCCGAAACUGCUUACAUGCUGGAAUCAAUUUCCAAGGACAAAGAAAGUGUUGCCCUAGAUCUCAGGAGGACAAAAGCACAAAUUCAUGACUUCGAAAUUCAGAUAUCGGAGUUAACGAGACAGCGGUCGGACCUGGCCCGUCAAGUUCAAUAUCUCUUGAUUCAGGCUUCUGUAAGGAGCGAUUCAAAGGGCCCUCUCACCACAGAGGAAAUUGCGUUCGUGAGAAGAAUUUUGGAACAAGGUGAUCUAUCUCUUGAACGCGACACUCAAAAGGUCAUAUCUGAAAGGCUAGUUGAGUUCCGCGACAUCGUCGAACUGCAAUCGAAAAACUCAGAUCUUCUUCGUACCAUAAGGAACCUUGCAGAUAAGCUGGAGAGCGAGGAGGAACAGUCAAAGAUGAGGUCAAAAACUGUUGAAAACGAUGCCAUAAGGGAGGCAAAGGAGGCUAUCAUAACCUUACAAGAACAUGCUCAAGAACUAGAAUCUCGCAUUGAAGUUCUCACCAAGGAGCGUGAUGCAUACAAGGCUAUUCAGCCCAGUACCAACAAUGGCAACAAGAUCACAGAACAUGCCCUUGCAAACUCCAAAGGUAAAAUGAGUGCCAGGGUGGAUGAUCUUGAGCGUAGCCUUGUUACCGAACGAGAAGAGGCUGAGAAAAAUAUGAAAAUGUUGAACUCUGAGAUUCAAGAACUACUGAGACAAAAGACAAAACUUGCAAUUGAGAUUGAGAAGGAAAGGACUUCGAAGUGCUUAGCUGAAGAGAGGCUGAAAGUCUCUCAGGGCUCUCUCAAGUUGACAAAACAGGAAAACGAGGAACUCAACAAGAGAUAUCACAUUAUACAAGACAAUCUCCUAAAGCAAGAUACGAAAACGCAAGAGACACUAAGCUGCCUCAUAGAGUGUCAAUCUAAGUUAGCUACUUUGGAGUCUGAGUUGAAAAGCUCAGUGGCGAAAAUAGAGUCCCUAAGCUCUUGUCAGAAAAAGAACACUGAAAGUAUUGAACAACUCACGGCUGAGCGCAACAACUUGACAAUUUUAGUAACACAACUGCAGACAUUGCAGGGGGAGAGAGACAAACUGCUCGCAGAAACCGAGAAAAGCUACAAAGAAAAAGUUGAUGCUUUAGAGGUAGAAGCUUCCCAACUGAGAACACAGCUAUCCAGAAAAGAUGAAGAGUUCAACGAUUUUAUACAAACGAAUGAUUCUCGAAGCCAGUGGUACCAGGAGAAAAUUGACUCCUUGAACGAGACCCUGAAGGUCGUGACAUCCCAACUUGAGUCACAAGCUCAGACCACUAGAGACCUUGAAAGCCAAAAAAAGCUACUCGAGGGCAGGCUAAAAGAAGUUGAGACGAAAGCUCAAUCAUACGACGUUUUGAACCAAACAGACGAUGUUUUGGCCCAAACUGAAGCCCUAAGAAUGGAGCUAGAAAAGUCAAAGAUCAAGCUACAAGAUGCUUAUUCACAGAUUGAGGAGCAUAGAAGUAGGUACAAGUCUGCUGAGGAAGCGCUUUCAGCAAUUACCAAUGCUUUCGAGCGCUUCAAGAACGAGCAUUCCAAGGACUUCGGCAAUAUGAAAAAGAAGGAAGACGAACUUGUUGGCCAAGUUGAAGCCUUAAAGCACCAAAUCUCAAACCUGAAUAACGAGUUAGGUCAUCAAAAGAAGCAAUUUGACUCUGAGAAAAACGAGCUAGAGAACCAGCUAGUAAGCCUGCAAUCAACCCAAGAGACUAUGAACUCUAUGAAGGAGCACUAUGAACAACAGCUAGGAAAAUUAACACAAGACCUAAACCAGCAGGCCGCCUUUGCCAAUAAAGCACAAGAAAACUACGAGCAGGAGCUCCAGAGACACGCUGAUGUUUCAAAAACAAUAAGCCAGCUGAGAGAAGAGAGCCAGAAAUACAAGAAUCAAGCAUCUGUGCUCCAGUCUUCAAUAGAGCAGUUAGAGAAAACCUUGGAUGAAAGCGACGGAAAGUGGCUAAACCAAAAGGAAGAAUAUGAGGCUCAACUGCGUUCCUUGAACCAAAGGAUAGAGGAUCUCACUGUUCAAAACGGAUUGCUUUUAGACCAGUUAGACCUUGAAGCUAAAGAUCCCAACUCCGAAUUAGGCCAAAGUGAACCCCAAGAAAAAGUGCGUGAACUAAUUACUAGUUUGAGACGCGAGCGCGACAUUUUGCAAACAAAGCUGGAGGUUAGCAAGAGGAGUGAGACUGUUUCACUUCGGAAACUUGAGGCGAUUGAGCAAGAGCUGUCUUUUGCUAAGGAAGAAUUGAGUAGCCUGCAAGCGCUUUCAAGUCAAAAUUCGAUAAUGGCAGACGAGCACAACAAACUACUGGAGCAGCUGAACCAGCUCAACCUCCUUAGAGAGAGCAACAUAACUCUACGUUCUGAAGUGCAGAAGAAAACACAACGCUGCCAAGAACUUGAAGGCCAAAUUGAUAAUUUACAGCAAUCUCUCCAACCUCUUGAGAGCGAAUUGGCUUCGCUGAAAAGGUCUGUGAGGGCUAAGGAUAGUCAAAUAUCAUUAAUCAGUGAGGAAACAAACCGGUGGAAACAGAGAUCACAAGACAUUUUAAGUAAGUUUGAGAGGAUUGAUCCGGAGGAGCAUAAGAAGCUGGGAGAAGAGUUGUCACAGGCCAAAGCGGAGCUGGCUGCAAAAGCAGACCAGAACUCCGAACUGGAAGACCGCUUCCAGAGGUUAAAGAAGCAGGCAAGAGAAAGGCUGGACGCUGCGAAGGCUGUCCAAAACAAUCUGUCUGUCGAGUUGGCUCAGGCGCGCGAGGCACAGAGUAACAUGGAGCUUCAAUUAAGAAAAGAACAAGAUGUUAACAAAGCGCUACAAGAAAGUCUUCAAAGAGUUGAGAGCGAAGCUAAAGCUGACUCAACUACUCAACCAGAACUGGAAAGCGCUCUCCAAAAGCUUUCACAAGCAGAGAAAAAGGCUCAAGACAUUGAAAGCGAUCGGGCUCAAAUUGAAAAAGCCCUGCAAUCUGAGCUUGAAAAGGUUAAAAGCCACGCAGAAGAGCUAGAAAGGCGUUUGGAUGAAGCUCGGAGGGAAGUUGAAUCUCUCGAGGAAGUCAAACAGGGGGCUUUUACCGAUAGUUCUGAGCUUGAGAAGAUGAAGAGAGAUCUAGAAGAACACAGCAACACGUUGAUCGCGGAGAAGGAGGCUGAGAUAAGGAGCCACUAUGAAGAACUCCGGCUUAAGGAAAAAGCCACUUAUGAAAAAGAACUUGAAGAAAAUGGAAAACACACUCCUGUUGACAUCGAGACUUUAAAAAAACAGUGGGAAGAAGACUAUGAGCAGAAAACGAUAAAAAGGAUAGAAGAGUCAAAUGAAAUCUUAAGAAAACGGAUUCGUCUUCCAACGGAAGAAAAGAUAAACAAAAUAGUCGAAACACGGAAGAGCGAACUGGAGCAGGAGUUCGAAGCUAAACUACAAAAACGUGCCUCUGAAUUAGCAAACGAGAAACCUCAGCCUGCGAGCUUUACUGAGGUGAUGAAGAGGCACAAGCAAGAGAUGGAAAAGCUGAAGGCAGACCUGACAAGGGAAAUGGACGAGGAAAUGGCGCAGGUUAGAAAAAAGGCAUUUGAUGAAGGCAAACAACAAGCGAGCAUGAAGUCAAUGUUCUUGGAGAAGAAAAUAGCAAAACUUGAAGCACAGGUUAAAGCCAGCGGUACUGAAGCAGUGCCCAGCGCACCUACUAGUAAAAACAGUCCCACAGAAAAGCCUGUUCGGAUUUUGGAGGCCUCCCCACUAGAGGACGCUUUGUCUCGUAAUGAUCCUAAUAAAGAAUCAUUGCCUAUAAAAAAAAUUUCGCUUCCAAGUCUGACCCCCGAACCGCAACAAUCACAACCUGAGGAAGCACCCAACGGGCAGCAACAAGCUACAAAAACACAGCUAACAGAAGGGAAUGCUACUCAGGAUGGGCUCACACCAACGAAAAGGGCUAUUGAAGUGGGAAAUGAAAGUCCUUCCAAAAGGACAAAACCUGAUCAAGAUUAG